AUGGCGAGGAAGAGCAAGGGUCGCCAAAAGAUUGAGAUGAUUCGAAUGUCAAAAGAAAGCAACCUACUUGUCAUCAUUCUCAAAGAAUCAUUCUGGUCUCUUGCAAUUGAGCUUUUACACCCUCUGGUGAAAAAAUUGCCAUUAUCGUCUUCUCUUUUGGUAACCCUCAUGUUCAAUCCAUCGUUGAUUGUUGGAAUGAGAGAAGAAGCAAGGCAAAGAGCUAGACAAAUUGAGGAAGGAAAGCCAAGAGAGGUGGUAUGGUGGGAGGGUCCUAUUGUUAAGCUUGGGGUACAAGAACUUCAGCAGUUGAAGGUGGCGAUGGCGGAGCUGAAAAAGAACGUUGCCAAGCAGCAGGCGCACAUUCAUGGCUUCUACUCCAUUUUAAAAAAGAAGUGUGUGGAUGCCCACAACGAAGGAGAUAUGUAA